AGGCUCCACUGCAGGCCAAACCUCCAAAGCAACCUGCAGCCCAAAGCUAUGAUGAUGAAGACGAAGAGGAUGAAUCGGGUUCCAGUGAGGAGGAUGAUGACGAUGAUGAUGAUGAUGAACAAGGAGGACAACUAGAAGGUGCAUAUGACCCUGAUGAUUAUGACAACUUGCCUGUUACACCAGAGAUCAAGGAACUAUUCCAGUAUAUUACAAGGUAUACACCCCAGUCUAUAGAGCUAGAACACAAGUUCAGACCAUUCAUUCCAGACUUCAUACCAUCAGUUGGAGAUAUAGAUGCCUUUAUAAAGGUGCCACGCCCAGAUGGUAAACCAGACACUAUAGGUCUUGCUGUACUAGAUGAGCCAUGUGCUAAACAGUCUGAUCCUACUGUCCUGGACCUCCAGCUGCGAGCUAUAUCCAAGCAAACAAACCUCAAACAAGUGGUUGUUCGCAGUGUGGAAGAAGCAGACAAAAAUCCCAGAGCAAUAGACACUUGGAUUGAGAGUAUCAGUGACCUGCACAGAUCUAAACCACCUCCCAAUGUACAUUAUACCAAAAAUAUGCCUGAUAUUGAGUCUCUCAUGCAGGAGUGGCCACCAGAGUUUGAGGAGAUGUUGAAAGAGGUGGGUCUCCCUACAGCUGAUUUGGACUGCGAUCUCAACCAGUAUGUAGAGAUGAUAUGUGCCAUACUGGACAUCCCCAUAUACAAGUCACGUAUUGAAUCCCUCCAUGUACUCUUUACAUUGUAUUCAGAGUUCAAGAAUUCACAGCACUUCAAACACCUUGCAGAUGACAACCAGUUAGACAAUCAUCUCAAACAGGAUGAAGACAGACUGGUCCUUUAAAGAACUAAUAUUUAAUAUGAUGGAAACAGCACGAUCCUUAAUAAUGUUUAAUGCUUGAAUGGACAAAAGAAAUGAACUCGUUCAUUGGAAUCAAACAUGAAUCAUUACAUUUGUAUAGAGCCUCAUUUUGAUGUGUAGCAUGAGAGCUCCAUCUAUAUCAUUAUAUAAGUCAACAUGGACGAAG